GGGAGAGGAAGAGAGCGGGCAGAGGAGGAGGAGGAGGGAGGCGAGGAUGGGGUCGGUGGAGCCGGCGGCGGCGCCGCCCCAGGACAGCAGCCUGCGUGAGGAGACGGCGCCCGGCUCGUCCCGGGCGAGGCGCGGCGCGGCGCCUCAGCCGCCCUCCAUCGAGGACUUCGCCAUCGUCAAGCCCAUCAGCCGAGGCGCUUUCGGGAAGGUCUACCUGGGCCGCAAAGCGGGGAAGCUGUACGCUGUCAAGGUGAGCCCACCGGCUUCCUUAUGUUAUUAUUAUUACUAUUAUUAUGAGGGCCGGAUUUAGGUUUGAUGAGGCCCUAAGCUACUGAAGGUAAUGGGGCCCUUUCUAUGUCCAGCUGUCCUUUGUCAACAACAAAUUGUCGUUGUUUUUUGUGUUGAAUAUAUGCUAUACAGUGGUACCUCGGGUUACAUACGCUUCAGGUUACAGACUCCGCUAACCCAGAAAUAUUACCUCGGGUUAAGAACUUUGCUUCAGGAUGAGAACAGAAAUCGUGCUCCGGCGGGCAGCAGCAGCAGGAGGCCCCAUUAUCUAAAGUGGUGCUUCAGGUUAAGAACCAUUUCAGGUUAAGAACAGACCUCCAGAAUGAAUUAAGUACUUAACCCGAGGUACCAUUGUAGGUAAUUUAUGGACCUAAUAGGGAUCUAAAGCCAUUUGCACAUAAAAAAUAGGAGCCUACACAACACAGAACACUGUUGCUGUAUGUAGGUUUUAUUUUAUUUUAUUUUAUUUUAUUUGUUUUUUAUCUCAUAUUUUUUGAUCUCACGUUUUUUCCUUUAAAUUCUUUUGGGGCCCCCAAGAGAGUGGGGCCCUAAGCUAUAGCUUGUUUAGCUUAUACCUAAAUCCGGCCCUCCUCCUCCUCCUCCUCCUUCUUCUUCUAUAUUUUUCAUCUGUUUGCCAUCUGACUGGUGCCUUCCCGCCUCCUCGGGGUGGAGACGAGAGACAGAGACUUUUCUGUAGUGGCUCCUAGCCAAGGAGGCCCCGCCUACAGGUGUCACAUGCUGUCAGUUAUGCUCCAAGCCUCCUUCCCCUCCUCCCACAACUAUUUCCACAAGCUAUUUAUUUCCAAAGCAAAUAUACACUUUCUUUCACUUUAGCUAGACACCCAUUGGGCUUCAAUUGGCUGUUACUGUUUCGGAAUGCAAUCUUAACUAGGUCCACUCAGAAGGCCUGUUGAAUUCAGUAGGGCUUAUUCUCAGGUAAGUGAGUUGAGACUAGCCCCUAGGUUUCAGAUUUGCUGUAUUAGCUUGUAUGCCUUUAUUUUACCAGUUAUCAGUAAUAGCAUUUUCAGUUAUUUCUUACUACUUGGUUUGAUAUGCUGGAAACGUAAGUAUCUGUUGAAAGUGUGACAUAUUGGAUAGAUGAAAACAUUUUAAAAAGCAAACAAACAAUGAAUUCCUCCCUCCUCUGUUUAUCAACCCAUUCAUGUAUUGCUUUACAGGUAGUAAAAAAAGCUGACCUGAUCAAUAAGAAUAUGGUCCAUCAGGUGCAGGCAGAGAGAGAUGCCCUGGCUCUCAGUAAAAGUCCUUUCAUUGUGCACUUAUACUACUCACUUCAGUCUGCCAACAAUGUCUACUUGGUGAGUAAAGUACUUACAGUGCCUUAAGGUAGCUUCCAAAAUAUGCCCCCCAGCCAGUUUUAGAGAAGUCUGUCUUCUCUGAAAGGUAGCAUUUAAAAACAUUUCAAAUUUGUUUUUUGUUUUCUGUUCUCUUCUUGACCAACUUUGACCUUUUUUCAGGAUAGUCAACUUGGAAAAGAAACAAGCUGUAGAGACCCCAAGUAUAUCUCUGUAUUAAGGCAUCAUUGAUUUGGCCCUUUUAAAAAUCCCCAUAAUUUAAUUUCCUUUUCUGCCUAUAUCAUGACUUCUGACAUGGCCUCUCUAGAAACUGGCAUGCAUUCUAGAAAACAGUAAUGUAAGGAAAUCAGGAAUUUCACCCACACUCCAAGCAUAGAAUUAUAAUAGAUGUUACCUCUAACCCAAGAGAACAAUGAAUGUCUUUUAUAGUAACAUUUUUCACUGGCAGGUAAUGGAGUAUCUCAUUGGUGGAGAUGUUAAAUCUCUUCUUCACAUAUAUGGCUAUUUUGAUGAAGAAAUGGCGGUGAAGUAUAUUUCUGAAGUAGCACUGGCUCUUGAUUACCUUCACAGGCAUGGGAUAAUCCACAGGUAAAAUUGGUUUUUGAUGCCUUUCUUGCUGCAUUUCAUUCCACUUUUAGUUGAGACCAGGGAGACUGCAGGUGUUUAAACAAGGCAGAAUUGAAUUCCCCUCUUAUGUUACUUUUAAUGUCAGUCUAGCUGUUGCCUUGGCAGUUUACCACAGUUCCUCAAGGAAUCAAAUAUGUCACUUAGCUUGUUCUCCUAAUGGUAUUUUGUUUUCUGGUAAGUAAUAUUAACAUAAAUGCAAAACCUCAUCAAAGGAAGAAAAAAUCCUAUGUACCUGUUGAGGUGUUUUGCUGGAGUUUACACUACCACCUCCUUAUUGUUUUUAUUUUUUUGUUAUUUAUUACAUUUAUAUCAUACUUAAUGGCAAAAAAUAACGCUACUAAUAUUACUAACACAGGACAAAUACUUCUUUUGAAGCACAGGGAUUUGUGUCCUUCACAUGCAAACUUAGUAGUCUUAUUUCUUACCAAAGCUACUUGGUGCUUAGACCUACUGACCUAGCAUGGAUCAUGAAUGUUCCUUUGAUAGCUUUUUGUGGGAAGUGGGGAGUGACCUCUGAAAAUAGUGCCCCAUGUUACAAUAAGCCACCUGCAUCUGUGCUGCAAUGUUAUUUCAUUUUCUUUAUACCUGCAGAGACCUGAAGCCAGACAAUAUGCUGAUAUCUAAUGAGGGUCACAUUAAGUUGACAGACUUUGGUCUCUCCAGAGUUACUCUGAAUAGAGGUGAGACAUGUAUACACCGCAGCCCAUCUCAUGCGUACACAUGUAUAUAUGUGUGUGUAUCUAAGAGAUGAUUGGAAUUCUCCCAGAUAUAUAUUGAUGCUUAGCAUUAGUUUAGAUGUACAAAGAUUCAUUGGUAACAAGUCUGCCUCGUCACCUGCAGGUGACCAGAAAGGGACAUUUUUUUUAAGUUGGAGAAGUUCAUUUUUUUCCUCCAGGUUGCUUGUGACAACUGCUUCAAUCCUAUAAACCGGCCUUUACCAAACCUGAGGCCCUCCAUAUGUUUUGGACUGCAGAUUCCAUCAUCAUUGACCAAUGGUCAUGCUGGUUGGGACUGAUGGGAAUGGUCAUCCAAAAUGCCAGGAUGAGGAAAGCUGCUAUAAACACUCACUAGCAAGUAGGAUUCCUUGAAUAGCAGGACUUGCUUCCUGGUAAACAAGCAUAGGAAUGUGCCGUAAGUUAAAUGCUGGCACAUGUGAAAGUCAAAUAGUUUUUCAGGCUGGUGACUCUUAGGGAAAUAUUUGCAAGGUGUAAUGUAAGUAUUUUUGUGCUUUUUCAGUAAAAGUUUUUUUCCCCUGUAAAACUUAUUCAAUCUGAUUCACAUAUAUUUUUCAUCUUCAGUAGCAAUCCUGACCUUCCUUAGGUAUAUGCUUCUGUGUAGAUCAAAAGAAGCAAUUUCUUCAAAGAGUUAUUUUCCAAGAGCCACAGUGUGGGAACUGCUGCCAGCUACAUGCAAAACAAGCCUGUUUAACAUGCCUAUAUUUUUUUUUCUUAUUUAAACAUUUGGAGAAGCUUGGAACUCUCCACAUUGCCAAAAAACUAACAUUGUAAGGAGCUGCUUUUAGUUUUACUAUGCUCAAGCUUAUGGAAUUUGAAUAAAAUAUUUUGGCUUGCAGUGACCUCUACUAGUAAGUGCAAGUAUAAAUAGCUAAACAAUGUGCUAAGAUUUAUACCAUUUGAUCAGAUAAUCCCCAGCGCAUCUUACACAGAUUAUAACAAUUCAGUACAGCACAAUUAAUUCCCUCAGGUGAUGGGACAUCCAAGGGAGAUGUUGGGGAUGGAGGAAAGACUUGGAUGUAGCGCUGGUUCAGAUAUAACACUAAGUCAGACCAUGGCUUAGCACAAAUGCACAAGUCUGAGGGUUCCUAGAGAGGAAAUUGUGACCACUGUGCUCCUCCCCAGGACCUCUUGCUGAUGUACCCCAUAAGCUUAAGCCAUGGUUUGGCUCAGUGUGCUAUCUGAAUCUGGGCUUGUGGUUUGUCUCCUCCAGCAGCCAGUGCAGGAUUAAGCUCUGUCCUCCCUGCAUCAGGGGGUGGAUGGGAAAUUGGCCUCAAAGCCCAAAUCGGACCCCCUGGUGGCCAGAAUUUUCCCACCUCUGCUGUAAACCUAAGCCUCUGUUGCAGCUUAUGGUUUAUCUGGAGCGAGAGAAACCAUGAGCUAAAUGAUGCCUUGGCUCGCAGCAGCUCAGUAGCAAGAUGACUGAGGGAAGAGUGUUGUAGCUGCAGCAUUUUCUCUCCAGGAACCACAUAUUCACACUAAACCAUUGUUUGGCUUAAUGUUAUGUACAAACCAGCUCAUGAUGUUAAAUCAUUUUCCCAACCUGGUGCUCCUAUCACCAUUUCUACUGUUCAUAUGGGGCCUAUAGCCAAGUCUAAAGUUAGAGCUAAAUGCGCUUCACUGCAGUCUAAAAAUACUUUUUAAAACCAAAUGAUAAAGUAGGUCCUAAUACUCUUAAUCUUUCUUCAGAACUAAAUAUGAUGGAUAUUCUCACUACACCAUCCAUGUCUAAACCUAUGCAAGACUAUUCACGCACUCCUGGACAAGUGCUGUCUCUCAUCAGUUCCUUGGGUUUUGUAAGUAGACAAAAUAAUUUCCUGUUUCCCAGAUGAUUAGAACAUAGGCAGCUGGCUUAUACUUUUGGUCCAUAAAGCUCAGUUUUGUCUGCACUGACUGGCAGUUUCAGACAGAAUGGUAGGUAUUGAUCCUGAGACUUCCUGCAUGGAAAGCAUGUUUCUCAACCUGUGAGCACAACUCUUUUCCUGGUUCUGAUAAAUUUCCUGAGAAAGUUCUCAAUCUUUUGGAGUAUUAGACAGUCCCUGAAUUUCAGCUGAUGUUUCCUUCUCCCUGUAAAGCAGGGAUGGGGAGUCUAUGGUCCUCCAUAUGUUGUGGACCCCACCUCCCAUCAACCUCAGCUAACAUGGCCAAUAGCCAGGGAUGGUGAGAGUUCUUGUCCAGCAACAUCUGGAGGGCUACAACUUCCUUGUCCUUGGCAUAAAGCAUGUUACAAGAACCUUUUGUUGCAAAGAUCCAGUUACAUCAAGUGUGUAUAGGAUAUGAAAUAAUAAAAUGUUAUGGACUGUCUUGUAUCUGGUUGUUUGUGUAUCUGUUGAACAAGCUUCUCAUUUUGACAGUAUACCCCAGUGGCAGGGACAGUGCAUGCACCUAGUCCAAGCCCUCUUUGUGGAAAUACAUCUCAGCUUUCUCAACGAUUUGUUUCCCCGCUAUCCGUGAACCACAAAGACUACAGUUCUGUGUCAAACAAGCUACUGAAAGCAUGUAAGUAUAAAAGAGUUCCCUAUCUUCAUGUGUCUAAAUACUUUCUUGUGAAUGCCCUUGCCAUCAGAGAUGUGGCAGGUGGUGGUUGGGGGAAGGGCCUUCUUGGUGGUAGUUACCCAUUUUUGGAACAUAGGCCAUGGAACAUAUUGUGGUCUCCUUCCAGCUCCAGGUUCUUUUAACGUUUAAUUUAUUCAUUAUCAUUUAUGCUGCUUUUUGUGCAGCUUUGAGAUUUGUGUGUGGUGGUGCUUUGUAGGUGUUUAUUAUUAAUACAGGCAACUCCCAAUUUAUGUAGGGGUUAUGUGCAUUUAAGUGAAAUUGUGUAUACCUGUAUUUGAAACACCAUUGAGAAAGCCUGCAAACACCCCAUUCUGCCUCUACCCUACCCCGUUCUGCCCCCUGUGGCGUUUGCCUCCUAGGAUGGGUCAUAAGGAAAGGGUUAAAAUAGGUGUGAUGUGAUUGGCCAGUGAGAAUGCAAGGGGGGAAUAAAAGUUAGAGUGGGAGGUUUUGAAAGUCAGUUGAGGUUUGGGAGUUGAAGAAGGAAGAGGGAGGUUUAGGUGUGGGUUGGUAGAGUUGUAUUGUGAGAGAGUGAGAGGAAUUGGUAGGUGGAGUCAGAUAGAUAGUUGGAAUAAUCAGUUUGGAGUUGUUAGGAACUAAGAAUAAGAAACUGACAAGAGAAAAAUUAACUGAAACCAUAAGCUUGUUCCUGCAUUUAAAAAUAAACUUGAUUAUUUGUUUAUGUUAACAACUGACUGGACUCCGUGUGUCCCCAUGAGAUACAGGGUACAGGAAAAAGCAAUUGCAGUGGCGGCACAGGGUCAAUAGACCAUCAAACGUCCGGGGGCCCUGUGUGUGAUCGCCACACCCCCUUUUGUGACACUUCCAGGUUCAGUGUGGUGUGCACGCAUGUGGUCAUUCACAUAUUGGACAUGCCUAAAAUGGUCACUGCCUGUAUACGGUAUUUCUGUAUUGCAAGCUGCCCAGAAAGGUUUCUGGUGGCUGAACCCAAAGAAAUUCAGAUAUACAGAACUAGGGUUCACACUGUUUUAUUGAAAUAGUCUUUAAACUUUUGAGAUUUGGGGCUUGUCUUAGCCUCAGCCUUCAACAGAAAAACCAAAUUGCUGUGAUGUGAAUGCAGUUUUAUUCUCCAGGAUAGAUGGGUGGGCAUUCUAGCUGCCUUGACUGCCUUGUUUUCUUUUCUCUUUCAUAUUAUUUAUUGAGAUGGUUUCUUUCCUCCAGAUAAUCUUGGUGCCAGUGUAAUGUAGCGACCAAGUGUAGCAACCACAUUCACACCCUCCCCACCGGGCAGAACUCCAUAUUGCACACGAAUCCCGUUUCCCCCUUUUUAUCUUUUGACUGCAUUUAUAUUACUGCUUUUUAUACCUUGAUUGUAUUUUAUAAUAAUUGAAAUAAGACCUUGCUUCAUUGUCACUUGCAUAAUGUACUUCUAUUAUUCAUAUUGAAUGUCACAGUAAGAAUAAUUAUCAAGAAUUCUUCUGGAAUUGUGAGCGGGGGGGGUGGGGCUGUAAGGCAGGGCAAGCUGAUAGUUACAUACUUUUUCUAGUCUUCCCUCACUGUUGAGCUGAUUUGCCAUGAAACUGGCUACAAUGCUUUUUGUGUCUUCAUAAAAACAUGAAUUGCUAUUUCUGAAGGUUUAGAUUCUGCGGCUAUAACACCAGGAAUGCCUGUGAGGAGUCUGACCCCAACUCUGCAUCAGUGCAGGAAAAGGUUUGGGACCUCCAGCGCCAGUAGCCAUUCCCGCACCCAAUUAUCCAGCAUGGAGUCAGAGUGCUGCAGCAGCCCCAGGUGGGAAAAAGAUGUGCAGGUCAGGACAACUUCUUUUCUUUCUGAUGGUUUCUUUUUUUUCUUCCUCUAACUUUCCUCUAAAUAAAUCAUUCAGAAUCUACCCUGUGAGGAAGGCAUUGUACCACAUUCCAAAGCCUAAAAAAAUUAACCUCCCAGAAGGGCAGUCCUUAAACCUUCUAUCUUCUUGGGCUUUUCAGUACAGGUACAAGCAGAUUCCAAGGUAGGCAUAUAGUAAUCCUAGGGCUCACAUAACCUCCUCCUGUUCUCCUUCUUUCAAACAUGCUGCUGUGUAAAGAAACACAAGCCCCGAACUAGGAGAAACCGUGUGGGUUUGAACACAAGGUCUCUUGGGGCAACAAAUCAAGUUCUGCUUUCACAUAGGGUCUAAAUAGAAAGAUUAUGGUGCUCCUGUAAGAAUGAAGAAACCUUAGAUCUGCCCUUGAUUUUAUGAUGCAUAGGAGAUUUGGGGUAAGGGGAAGAGGAGUAUCGCCAGAACAGGCACCUAGGACUUCUUUGCUGUACGAUUACACAGCUCUUUUUUCAAGUGUGAUGUAUGUGCAGCAGAGUGCAUUGUUCGUAAAGUGUUUUAUUCCACCUGUUAAGUGUUUAGUAUGGUGGAUAUGAUUUUGGCUGGGAAAAUGCAAAUGAGAAACCACCAUGAUUAAGGACUGCCCCUUUCUAUACAAACCUUCUUGGGCACUCAGGUCUGUAUUGAGGGCCCAGUUCUAUUCUCUCUCCUGCCCCCUUCCACCCCAGAAGCUAUCUGAAGUAUGAUGGAUGUAUCACAAAGCAAAGCCUUCUCAGUCGUGGUGUCUAGAUUUUCAUCCUAGAGAAACCUGCUCACUUUUUGGCAAGCAGCCAAGACCAAACCCUUUCUGCAAGCACUUGAAUUGGAGGGAAACAGUUUUGUGUUGCUGUUGUAUUCCUUUUAAUUGUGUAUGGUUUUUGUUUUAAUCUACUGCAAAUUUAAUAUACAGUAUGUUGUUAAGCUGCCCUGGGACAGGGGGUCUCGACUAAAAGGAGGAAUAGGGAAUAGUAUAAUAAGUUUGUAUAAUUUAUUAAUUCGUUUAAGCAUUUUCAUACAUUUGGAAGUACUUGAUUUUCAGGAAGCAGAAGAUAUACUCUCAUCUGCCCCAGGCAAAGAGAAUGUACCAGAGAAGGCCAAGGAUACAAAUUUUCUGCUUGUCAAUGAUGCUAAAGGCUUAAAGCAGAAAAUACUGGAGUCUGUCAUCUCUCCUAUUAGCAGCAAUGACUCUGGGAACAGGCGCAAAGGACGGAUUGGACAUUUUGACUCAUGUGAUAUUUCUAUAAGGACUAGCGCUAUUAAAGACCUCGGCCGAAAAUGUCUUUCAGAAUAUAAAGAAUGGGAAGAAAAGGGCUGUACAGAACAACCUGCUCUGACUAAAAAGGUUGCAAAAUCUAGUUACCACUUGUCCCUUUUGGGAGAUAAGGAGACAAUGUUGGAGAUGCGAGGUGUCAAAAGAUCUUUUGAAUCAAUUGACACCAGCCCUUCACAAGAACGGAUCCUUGCCAAAAAAAGCAAUUCAGAAUACAAACGGGGCUGUAAAAUUCCAGAGAAACAAAGCACGGGUUUAACAACUGAAAUCUGUUCUUUAAAACUUGAUGGACACCUGCAAGAGACCUGUACAAAUGAAGCUCAAGCAAAAGAUUGCUGUUACACUGAACAAAACACGGGUUGCAAACCAGCCAAUCCUCUAAUAGCAAAGAAUCUCAUGCAUGAUCUAGAUGCAGAUUGUGAAAAAAAUGAGAAAAAGGAACACAUGAAUUCCAGUUUCUUGUGCAUUGAUGAUGAAAAGCCUUUAGCAAGCAUGAGUGUAGACUCGGAUCUGUCCCUUCGAGAAGUAUCUACUGCAGAGAGUCACUUGGAAAAGCGCCUUUCUGAUUUUGAUGGAAGCAUUAAAGAUCUCACCUUUGAGGAGCUAAAAACAGAGAACAUGUCAACAACAUCACCUUAUUGCCCAGAUGCCUUGCCAAGAAGUGAAGAAGUACAUGCUGUCCAGGAGAGCAAACCAUUGUAUCAUGAGCAGGACAAAAACCUGAAAGAUGUCACUGAAAUGCACACUGAUAAUAACUGCUCUUCAUCUGUGGAGAUGAAGGCACUGAAACUCUUAAAGAAAAAUGUGGUUGCUUUUCGGAGUUACAACAGUCAGAUCAGUGUGUCUAAUACAUCUGAGCCUUCGAGAAUUAGCUGGAUGACUGUAGAAGGAAUGGAUAUCUCUGCUUGCAGUGGCUCUUAUCCCAUGACUGUUACACCUGCACAAAAGGGAGCACCUUACAACGUAUUUCAGGUAGGUACGAAACAGGCUUAUUGAACAUUGUGCAGUAUCAAAGGGCCACUUGAUACAAGUCAAAUGCCCUUAUUGAAGGGACAGAAUUAGAGCUGCCUUUUGAGUUACCAUAUUUUUUGCUCUGUAAGAUGCACUUUUUUCCUCCAAAAAAGUAAGGGGAAAUGUGUGUGCGUCUUAUGGAGCGAAUGCAGGCUGCGCAGCUAUCGCUGAAGCCAGCAGAGCAAGAGGGAGAGCUGCACGGCACCUCUUGUUGUGAUGCCUUCAGAGCGAUGCACGAUGAGGGACGGAAGGGAGCCCUUAUCCUUCCGUCCCUCAUCCUGCUUCGCUGGGAAGCCAGCAGACCAAGAGGUGCUGCGCAGUUCUCCCUCUUGCUCUGCUGGGUUCAGCAGAGCAGCGCAGCGCCUCAUCAGCGAAGCAGGAGGAGGAAAGGAAGGGGCUCCGUAAGGGCUCCCUUCCUUUCCUCCUCCUCCUGCUUCACUGAAGAGUGUCGCUUCGUCUCGCCUGCCUCCUCCACUUCCCCCAGCAGGGACAACGCUGCUAGGUGGCCAGCAGAUCCAGCUUCCCCAAAGGGGCGGACAGACCGCAGGCUCCUUAGCCUGAUCCUCCCUCCUCCUUCCUCUUCCAACAACAUUUGAUUCAUAAUGGUGUAUUUGAACAUAAUACUUGAUUAUAAGGCAAAUAACCAAAGUGAUUUAGAAAAAAUUAACUUCCCCCCCCAAUACUUUGCAAUAUGAAAAUAUUGAGAAAAAUGGAUACAUCACUGGUGAUAUUUCUUGGCAGAAGGAACAGGCUCUAGCCGUUCCACAUCUAACUCAUUCCUACACAGAUUUAGAAGUUGUGAGUACCUUGUCUGUACUUUGGUGAAAAUGUGUAUGACCACACCAUGGGGAAUUUACUGCCAGUCAAUGGGCGCCACUUAUGUGUUGAAAUAGGUUUUGUGUAUUACAGUAUAAUUUCCCGCGCAGGGAAGUCAUUAUGUGUGAAAUGGUUGUAGGCUUUGUGGGAGGUUCUGAAGGAAGCAGUUAACUUGAAGAAGAGGGUACACAUUUCUUCUUUUCAUUUGGUGACAGUUUAGUUGAAUGUAGAUUCCAUUUACACAAAUGACAAAUCAGUGGGUGCAACUAAGCAAAGUCCUCUUCUUAUGUAUGAACACAUGAUGAGGCUUUCUGAUCUUAAAUGGGCUAACUCAGCUUUAUACAGUGGUACCUCGGGUUACAGACGCUUCAGGUUACAGACUCCGCUAACCCAGAAAUAGUACCUCGGGUUAAGAACUUUGCUUCAGGAUGAGAACAGAAAUUGCGCGGCGGUGGGAGGCCCCAUUAGCUAAAGUGGUACCUCAGGUUAAGAACAAUUUCAGGUUAAGAAUGGACCUCCAGAACGAAUUAAGUUCUUAACCCGAGGUACCACUGUAUGCUAAUGCACACAAUGGCCAAACCCCCAGCCCUUUAUGAUGUACACGUAUAGUGAUCUUUCCAUGGGAACAUGAACUGUUGUCAAUCAGAAUUUAUGUUUCAGUUUGGGGAGCCCAAUGCAUGUGCACCUAUGCAGAGCUCCUUUUGGACUGAUGUCAGUUGUGCAUUGGCUGGGGUAGUGGUACAUGUCAACCAUGCAUGUUAGUAUCUAGAGGGUGGAGUUAGUCCAUUUAUGCACGAUCCCUUUCACAUGCUUAUACUGCUGUGAGUCCUGGAAGAUCUGGUCACUGCCUUGUAGGCCUUUUCUACCUGGUCUGGGAGGGCAGGGCCCUGACUUAACUCCAACUGCAAAAGCUGAGGCUGCUGAACAGACUCUUGGGCUGGCGUGUUAUUUGGGGAUUUUUGUUGUUGGAGGUUUCUGUAUCUUGAUUUUAGAUCUUAUGGUUUAUGUGGAAAUUAUUCAGUUUGGUUGUGUGUUUUUGAUGUUGUAUUUAUUGUUUAUGACCACUUUUGUUAUGUUGCAGUUACUUAUUUCUUAAAUGUUGUAAGCCACCUUGAGCAUAGUUUGAACUGUGGAAAGGCGGCAUCCGAAUACAAUUAUAUAUGUAUGUAAAUCUGUUUUGUUGACAGAUUCUCUCUGUGGCUGUUGUGCAUUUUCUUCAGUGCUGUUUUAGGAAGAGCAUCUUGGUCAAAUGGUGCAGUUUAGUCUUAGUGAUGUUCAUGCCUUAAAAAUGAACACGUUUUACUUUCUGGAUACAUAAACAGUGCCUCCUAUGUUUUUAUAAUAACUAUAAUUACUGCUAAAAGCUGCAUAUAAAACUGAUCAUAGAGGGCAUUGUUGAAAAAUACAUCCCUGGAAGUCUUUGGGUUAAGACUAAUUAAUAAGAGUUGCUGGUGGACUCUUUGAAGAAGGGUGAGAAGUUCCCAAGAGUAGAUCUUAUGGGAGAGAUGCAGUUCCCAGGCACAUCUUUCAGUCUUCAUGAGUGCAUUUCUUCUAGAGAUUUGACACAUCCAUAGCUUCAUCAUUGUCCUUGAGUGGUUGGCCUAGUUUCAUAAUGGAUUGUAGAAAUAAAGAUUCAGAAUCUCUCAUUCCUUUCACACUCACUGUACAUGUGUAGCAAGAGGCCUUGAUAAGACAAAUGUCAUUUAUUAUUAAAAACAAUUGACUUCCGGGGGGCGGCGCGAACGGUAAUGGCGGUCUUCUCCCGACGGGAGAAGAAGCUCCGCUGAAACAGGGUCGUCCGCUACGGCGAAGCGGAGACCCAACGAGGAAAACCCCAGGCAGCAAGAGCCUGGGGUCCUGAGGCUCGGCGGGCGCCAAGAGCAGCCCUCCAACUGCAGAAGGAGCCUCGUAAGGGGCUCCGGAGCGUGGAGGGGGGUUGCGGCGCUGUGAGCCGUUUCACAGUCAGCGGAGCGAAGCCGCGCUGCUGCUGCCGGUGAGCGCUGAUCCCUUUUCCUGUUAAAAUUCGGACCUGGAAGAAAACAACUUAUUCGUGAGUAAAGACUGAAUCACUUGGAAUUACAAAUUUUAAAUGAGAAGGUUUAAUUUGGCUUGAAUUUGGCUGAAAGCGGAGAGACGUGGAAACAGGAAGUCCGUCUUCCGCUGCCAUUGAACUUGGAAAAAAAAGCAACUAAGGUGGAGGAGUGGAGGCUGAAAGAAAGAGAUUUUGAACUCUACACAGCCAAGCAUCUAUGGAACUUACAAUUUAAAGUAAAACUAGCAAGUUAAAGAUUUGGACCUUUUAUUUGCACUUGACUUUCCCCCUUUUAUUGGAUUACAAAUUGGAAGGUGAAACCCAGAGUCAGGAUUGCUUGAGCAUUGUAAGAGUGAGCUGUCAGUGUAUGACUUGGAUACUGUAUAUUAGAAGUUGCAACAAUUUGAGGGUAUUGAGACCUUUUAAAUUUGAAACAUUCCUUUUGGAGACAAAUAAGCACUGUCUGUAACAAAGUGAUUACAUCGGCUAUGAUAAGGUGGGCACAGGAUAUUGGGCAUAACAUUAUGUUUGAGGACUGGGAAAGGUUGUGGAGUAAUGGAUUGAAAUUUACUGCAUGUAAUGCUUUGAAAGAAAAUGUAAUGAAAAUGAUUUAUAGAUGGUAUAUGACCCCAGUCAAACUCGCAAAAAUUUACCACCUGUCUGAUAAUAAGUGUUGGAAAUGUAAAGAGUGUGAAGGAACGUUCUUUCACCUCUGGUGGACCUGCCCUAAAGUGAAGGCAUUCUGGGAAAUGAUCUAUAAUGAACUGAAAAAGGUAUUUAAAUAUACUUUCACUAAGAAACCAGAGGCUUUCCUUUUGGGUAUUGUCGGCCAAGGGGUGGCAAAGAAGGACCAGACAUUUUUUAUGUAUGCAACAACAGCAGCAAGGAUACUACUCGCAAAACAUUGGAAAACUCAAGAUCUACCCACACUGGAAGAAUGGCAGAUGCAACUUAUAGACUAUAUGCAACUGGCUGAAAUGACUGGCAGAAUCCGUGACCUGGGAGAAGAGAGAAUCGAGGAGGAUUGGAAGAAAUUUAAGAACUACCUACAAAAACAUUGUGAUUUGACUGAAUGCUGAAUAAGAUGCUAGACUAAAUAACUGAGCACCACUUAACUUAGAAGUCUUUAAGAAAAUAAGAAAAACUGUGAAAGUUUAACUCUUUAUGAGAACUAUAAGAUUAUGAAAUACCGAAGAGAUAUAAGAAUUUAAAUAAGAUGAUAAAUUGCUGACAAAAUGUUAUAAUGAUGAAGGUGGGAGCGGGAGGUGUGAGGAAGUCCAAAGAAAAUGUGAAAUUAUGUUAAAACGAAUGUUAUAUUGUUUAUUACAUUUAUUCUUAUUGUAAAAUCCAAUAAAUUGCUUUAAAAAAAAAAUAAAAAAUAAAAACAAUUUAAAAUGGUCAUAUUCGGUGAAGGCAUUUCUUAAUGGAAUGUGAGAAAGACUUGGCACAAAAAGGAGGCAAUUGGAAAACCUUUUUGCUUGAGAAGUCCUCAUUAGGAGGCUUAGAUUCAGAGAGGCCAUCAUUGCUGGAUGCUUUUUCGGCUCCACAGUUCAAGUAAUUGAGCCUACAGCCAGUGUGAAAGUAUAAACGUAUAGCUUGUUUGAUAACUGUGUUUGAUAUAUCUAUUCUUGGACAUCAGACCCCUCAAGGAAACAGUGGUACACCAUACAGGACCCCCAAGAGUGUCCGAAGAGGAGCUACUCCAGUAGAGAGAGAACGCAUUUUAGGAACCCCUGACUACUUGGCACCCGAGCUCCUCUUAGCAAAGGCUCAUGGUAAGCAAACUGCAGUAUAAUUUCAUGUAUCUGUUACACACAUUUCCUCAUUUUUGUAGUGAGAUCUGGCUCACUGCAGUUGAGAGCACUUUGUUGUUAGACAUUACUGGAAUCUGUGUUUAACCUUAGAAGUUCCUAAGGGUUAAGGGUGUUUUCUUUUCCUUAUUUAGUCUUUCAUUGCCUUAUUAUCCUAAAAGUUUCCUAAAUUCAAUUUUCUUUGCACAGGUGGGAAGGAAAGUGAAAGUUUUUGCUUUCAGUGUUUCAUUAAAUCACAAUUAUGGAUGGUCUAAAUUCCAUUGCAGAUGAUUUUGAACUAUGAUUUAUUCCCACAUUGGGGUGGAACAAAACAGGAUCAAACCAUGGGUUAAUAGUUUGGUUUGUUCUCCUGGCUAGGUUUUUCUGGAUUUGCACCAGUUCAGAAUGACAGGAAGAAAAAUGGUAUGACCCAAUGCGAGAGAAACAAGUGCAUAAGAAAAUAUGGUUAUCCUUAACUAGCUGCUUUUUGUAUGUGCACUCUUAACUUAAGCAGGUGCAUUCAUACAUACAACCCUUGAGUUGCACCCUGGAGCAAUAUAGUUUGCAAGUAUUGCCAUUUGAUCCUGCAAAAUUUAUAAACCGUCCUCUAAUCUCUGCUAGUAUGUGAUAAAUAGACAAUGUAGCAAAAUAUUCAUUGUGUGUUUAUAUAUUAAGUUAACCAUUUUAAGGAAGCAAAGCUAGGAUACUUGUCUUUAUAAAAAUACCAUGUGUCGGCAAAUUUGUAAAAAAGUUACUCGUUAGAAAAAUGUAAAAACUGAGUGCAAUGUAAUGAAGUUUUUUUUAUAUAUUUAUCAAAAUGUUUCCCUGGUGUGUUUUGUUUUGUUUUUUUACACACAGGAGUUCAGGUCACUGGUAAGUUUGAUUAUAGCACUUAACAGAACAGUCAAAGCAUAAUUUGAUCACACUGUUUAAGAUGAAAGAAAGUGAGAGAUCCGCAUGACUUGGCAUAUAGCUGUAUCAGCUUCUGCUGCUGCAUCUUUUCCCUGUUCCGUCAGGGAAAGGGGCGGGGCAGAAAUAAAUAACUAUACAGCAGCAGCAACAAGAAGCAAUAAAAACACUGUGGCAUCUUAAUGUCCAGCACAUUUAAUAUGGCAUAAGACCCAUUCCAUGGAAGAUCUUGAAUUCCAUUGUUCUUUCCUGACCAUACUGGCAAUAAGUAAAACAUUUCCUUGUCCUUCUUUUCUUGCUUACAAAUGCCGUGUUGUAAUCCUAGUAGAGUGCUCCAUUCUUUUGUUUUCUGAAGCCUGCUGCAUAGAGAUGAUGGUGGUGAUAUUUUAAAGAACAAAUCUAAUGUGGGCGGUGGAAACAUACUAAUUCCUUUUACCACUCUUAAUUGCAGUUAGGAGGUCUGUCCUGCAAAGGUUAACAUGCAGUAGCAAUAGCACAUAACUUAUCAUCUGGAAAAAUCUGUGGAAUUAAUGUUGGCUUCUCACGGGAGGAAACCAACAUACCCAAGUUACAAUCCUUCUUUUGAACAUAGUUUCCCUAUAAUAGGACAAUCUGGUUUCAGCAAAACACGUACUAAACUAGAGCUGAGGUGGGCAAACUGGGUCCUGUGCUGUCUGCAGCUCCUUGUCUAGUCAGGGAUACCAAGAGGGAUCCAUCUACACUGGCACUUAAGAUUGGGAUAAAGAAGUUGGUGUAAUCUGCACAGAUCCAUCGGGGGAGAAGGACAGCUUGAGGAUAUAUAGAAGCAGAGUCUAAGGAUAGAAAGGACAGGAAGAAAAGUAAUAAUGCUGGGAGUUAUGGCCACAGUGUCAUUUAUAAAUGGAGAAGUGUGGGAAUUGUGUGCCAUUAGACUUGUAACCAUAUAAGGUUGUCUUGUAGUGAAAAUCAGGAAACUUGUCUUGAAAAAUGUGGCCAUUUUAUCAAAUAUGAAAUACAGUUUUCUCAAUACUUCCUAGAGGAUGUGAUCUUAUUAGACUUUGACAGCUUUAUGCAUAUUCCUACCCCCCCCCAAAAAAAAAAUCCUCUCACAUUAUUAAAUUCUACUUGCUUCACUGAUUGCUGGAUAUAUAUUUAUUAGAAAUCAAGAGCUAAACUGAAUUGUAGAAAGAGGCUUUCGGUAACUUGAUACACCUAGUUUUUAUUUCAUAUGAAAACUACCAUAUUGAUUAAAUGAAUGGGCUGGUUUCUCAUGUGUAUGCUCCUGACUAUCUGCCGUUGAGUAUUCAAAUACAGAUAGAAUGUAUGAACCAAACAAUUUGUUACCAGCUGGCAGAAACUUCUGCAAUUACCAAAGUUGCUGAGGUCUGAUGACUGGGGUCAUUCAGUUCACCUGUUGUAUUCGUGCACACAAGCACAUACUCUUGGGUGGUUUCACCGCUGUGUACUGAGAACCCAUUGGACAGUGGGGGUGGGUGAAACAGCAGGAAAAUGUACCAGCAUCUGCAGUGCAAGCAAGUUUUCACAGCAAGUGCAUCUUUCCUUCCUGACAUGAUGGGCUGUCUGGAGCUUUAGCUGUGCAGCAGCUGCAGGGUGCAUGUUGCAUUUUAAUGGCUUGUGGUGUCUCAACAGCUUUGCCUGCUUGGUCUUGGACUGCACUUGAUCAGUAUUCAGUUUCAUUAAGAGCAUACCAAUAGCCUGUUAAGAUCAGGCCAGUGGCCCAUCUAGUCCAGUGUCCCGUUCUCACAGGGGCCAACCAGAUGCCUGUGGGAAACCAGGAAGCAGAACAUGAGCACAAGAACCCUCUCCCCUUGGGUAGUUUCCAGCAACUGGUGGUUGGAUGUAUUGUUGCCUCCAGCUAUGGUUGGUAGAGCAAAGCCAUCAUGUCUAGUAGCCACAGAUACCCAUCUCUUCCAUGAACUUGUCUAAUCCUCUUUUAAAGCCAUCCAAGGUGGUGGCCAUCACUGCCCUCCUGGGGGAGCUGAGUGAAGAAGUAUUUUUUAUUUGUCCUAAUUCUUCCAACAUUCUCCUUCAUUGGAUGUCCACGAGUGUUAUGAAAAGGGGGUGGGGCUUUUUUCUGUCCACCUUCUCCAUGCUAGGCGUAAUUUUGUAAACCUUAAAAGCUGUCAAAGAGCAAGUAAGUGGAAGUUCGCCCUAUGCUGUCCUAUUAGCACUGCAGAGAGAACUUCCUGUUGAGUCUGAGCUUCUGUGGUGCCUAUUUCUACACUAGAUAUUCACAUAAAGGUUUACUGUACUUUUCCAUGGAUAACAAGCCCCUGUAUAAGACGCCCCCAAUUUGGGCGGACUAAAAAUUAAGAAAAUGGGGAGAGAUUGCCCAGAGUUGUUGAGCUUUUUGGGGAGAGGAUUGCCCCUCCUAACAUAUGUCUCCUCGCUGGCAGAAGCAGCCAAUUGCCUGCCCAAUUGCCGCAGCGACAGCCAAUCCACACCACCCCUUGUCGCAGCCACCAAUGACAUGCUGCUGACAAUCUCCGGCUCGUGGUAUAAACCAAUCCCACAUCCCGUCCCCCCCAUGCACUAUCCAUGUAUAAGACGUUUCCCCCCCCCCCCAUUUUAAACAUAAUUUUUAUGUUAAAAAAACCUAGUCUUAUACACAGAAAAGUACAGUAUUUUUAUACUAUUGACUUGUUCUCUGCAAUCAUUAGUCAACUCAGAAUUUAUUUUGAAUCUGUGGCCCUAAAUCAGUGGUAGCCAAACUUGUCCCUCCAGCUGUUUUGGAACUACAGUUCCCAUCAUCCCUGACCACUGGUCCUGUUAGCUAGGGAUGAUGGGAGUUGUAGUCAAAAAAACAGCUGGAGAGACAAGUUUGCCCACCACUGCUCUAAAUGAUGUGCUUGGUUCCUUUUUAAAACCUAGGAAAUACAGACCUUUGAGUUUUUGUUUGCUUACACAACUGGUCUUUGAAAGUCCCAGGGUGGUUUAGAAUGGGAGGUGACUUGCUUUGCUCUGCCUUCCGUCGUUUUAAGGAAACAUUAACAUAUUGAGAAUAGCAGAAGGGAAAAGGAAAGGUGAUUAGAAAACAAUUUCUGCCUUGUAUGCUGCUUUCAUGAAUAACAGGUGUUUGGGUGCUCGGUAUCUUCCCAGGCAAUACACCUUUACAUAAUACCUCUCAUGGUGGUCAAUUUAUGUCGACUUUCUUCACUUCAGGUCCUGCAGUAGACUGGUGGGCACUUGGAGUUUGCUUGUAUGAGUUUUUAACUGGAAUUCCACCAUUCAAUGACGAAACACCACAACAAGUAUUCCAGAAUAUUCUGAAAAGGGGUAAAUUACCUUACUUUCGAGCAAAAUUAAUUUCAAAGGUUGUUGGUCCAGCAUAAGUACAGAGAUGUUUUGUGUGUGUUUCUAGAUAUUCCGUGGCCUGAAGAUGAAGAGAAAUUGUCAGAUGGUGCUCAGAAUGCCAUAGAAGUUCUUUUAACCAUUGAGAGCAGUAAGCGAGCUGGACUCAAGGGUUAGUAUAUGUUAGUUAUCUCUUUAAUGUUACCAUUAUGAUUUUUCUUUAGCAAUUUAGAAACCUGCAGUUUGAGUACAUAUGCUAUUGGAGGGAAGACUAUCUGCUAUAGCCAUUUCUAGUCAUUAUGCAUGAAGAUGGUCAGCCCAGCACUGUAGCUGCCAGGUUACAAAAAUCGCAACACAAGAUGAAAAUCCAGUGAAAGGCAAGAACCAUUUUAUUUAUUCUUCCAUGGAGCCCAUAGCAGUGUAUGUGGUUCUUGCCUCUCUUCUACCCUUGUAGCAAUUCAAAAGAGUAGGAUAGGCUGAGAUACAGCCGUGGCUUGUUUAGUCAGCUUCAUGGUUGAGCAGUGGUUUGAAUCCCAGAUUCCCUGAGCCAGCCUCACAUUCUACCCACUACACCACACUGCCUUAUUACUUCUGUUUUUUCCUGUUAGUGUGAAUCUGGUUUAUCAAAUCCACACAUCAUGGAGUUGCUGUCUAGAGACUGCUUCAUAUUGUCUAGAGUAUGCAAGUUCUGGGAACAAAGUGCUGGCUUAGGGCUACCUACUGUAGAAAGAGAACUUUGAUGAAUGCAUUGCAAAAACAUUUCAAAUCUAUAAGGGCAGGAGUACGUUGGCAAACCCUUACUAAGACGUUUAAUUUCAGUCUUAUGACUCUAAAUACAGUCAGACAAAUUUAAGAAAAAAUACAUUGCAGACAUCCAGAAUCAGAGAAAGAACCUGGAAAGUGCAAGGUGUUCAUGCAAAGAAAUCUAACCUUUGUUAAAAAAUUUAUUCCAGAGCUGAAACUUCACCCCCUCUUUCAUGGUGUGGACUGGGAUAAUCUGCAUAAUCAGACCAUGCCCUUCAUACCACAGCCAAAUGAUGAAACAGAUACUUCCUAUUUUGAAGCUAGGAAUAAUGCUCAGCAUCUAACAGUAUCUGGAUUCAGCUUGUAGUACGGGAAAAUGGAAUUAUUUUCCAGAGAACGGCACAUUUAAGAAGCUUCCUUAACAUAAGUUUUACUCUCUAUUUUCUAACGCACCUAAGUUUUUUUUAAAACCUGAUUUGCUUUUAACUCUGCAUAUAUAUUUAUAUAUAUUUCUUACAAGCUGUAUUGAAACCAUUCAUUCCAAACAGCUUCUGAACUAUAUUUUUAGUCUACUUACAGCACCUUAUGUAAGUCUUUAAGUAUUACGUAUUUAAUGGUGGUAUAACACAGUGACACUGAACAAAAUGUCAAACGUUGGGAGGAAGAGCUGCUUUGUUGUUGAACAUACCUGGGAGGUUAAGUGCAUAGUGAUUAUUUUGGUGCCUCCAAUUCAGCCACUUUACAGACUGAAUUCAAAACUGUUUUCUGACUUUUCAAGCUGUGCCUAUAGAGAAGCCCGAAGAUGCUCCUAUCCCACAUACUUUAGGUAAUUUGUAUACUGCCUGCCCUGAUGCUUAAACUGCCAAUGUACUAAAUUAUCUCUAAUGUCAUUGUCAAGGUCUGUUUCUCCCACCCACCUUACCUAUGAACAUUGUUUAGGUCCUCACCAAUGCCAUCAAUCAGCCUAUUACCUAUCUAGUCAACUGUCAUUUUAUUUUUGGUGUUGUUACCUAUCUUUAAUUCAAAAUAUUAUCAUGUUCAAAAUGAAACUAUCAUCUGAAUUAUCUAGCAGUCAUUACAGAGGUUAUCCCACCUGUAUAAUGCCAGUUUUCUACCUGUAGGCAAUAUGAGUAAUUCAGCAAUUAACACCUUCCUACAUACUGCUGCCAGUAAAUGCAAUUAAUAAAUGAUAAAGGUGUGAAGUUAUUCAUUGAUCUUAACAGCCCAGAAUAAAUGAUUACACAAUAUUUUCAGCAGGUGUACUGGUAUUCUGUAAGAUGUAUGGAGCAAUGCUUUGAAACAACUGAGCUGUCAGUGCAAAUGAAUAAAAUGAGAACUGUGAGCUAGCUUGCUCUCAGAGCCUACCUACUUUGCAAUUCCCAGUUAGUUUCCUCCUUCAUAUAAUCAGUGGUGAUGGUAUCUUCAGGUAUAUUCAACCUUUUCAGGCCCAGGACCCACUUUUAACCCAGACAUGGAGGCCCAUUUCUUCAUCUUUUACCAUAUAUUUGCAUGGUGACAGCGCUCCUGUUGUGACCCACCCUGGGUCAGGCCGUGACCCACUAGUGAUUCUCAACCCACCAGUUGAACCCCAAUGGCUUAUUAGAGAAAAGAGUCUCAAAACCUGACAAUCUGCUGGAGUACUUACCUGUUCUGAAGACACACUACCUAGUUUACAUGCUGCUGUCACCCUCCACCCUUUGGGGAAGACUGAAAGUUUUGUUAUUUCCACAACUGCUCUCCUACUUCCCCUUCCUUAAGCUGUGCCCUCACGUUCUGGUGAAAACCAGCUGUGAAACAGCAGGAAGACUGUUCUUUUUAAGAAAGCGUAUUUUCUGAAGCUGAUCCCCUUCAUCCUUGAUGAGAAUAAAGCAACUUGGAACAAUUAGGACAAGAGUAUUCUUAUUGUCAUAUUCCAACCCGGUCACUGUUUUGAGAACCUUGAAAUCUUAAACUUCAAACAGGCCUAUGUUACAUUCAUUCAAUCACUCUUUCAGUUAUAAAAUGUCCUUUGAUAAUGCUCCUGUCAUUCUUUAUUAAAUGUUAUUUACAGUAGAUUAAGAUGAACUAACUUUUAAAACUAAACUUCAAAAUCAUGUUCUAGUAAACAAGGCAGAAAUUCUAACUCCUGUAAUUACAUUAUUUAUAUAGCAUAUAACAGGUAUGAAGGUGCUUUUCUUCAAGACCUUGCCAUCAGAGCAGAUGCAACACUGCCCAUGAGCUUUCUGUAAUGCAUCACUCGGAAGAGUUACACAGUGCAAAAAAUGUCACAGUCCAGAAAUUACUUUAAAGUAGAUCAGUUGACUGCAGGUUCAUGAAGGAGUAAGCAGCUGUGGAGUUGCUGCUCUUUUCACAGGUCUAGAAUACGUUUUUCUAUUUUUUCAAUACACAAACUGAAAAGCAAUCACUUUAGGUUGAUUUUUAUAACAUCAUAUAACAAAAUGUAAUGUUAGUUAAUUGCUAGCUUUCUCAUUUGCUAUAGAAAAGUCCCUUCUAGUUGUAGUCUGAGAUGUUACUACUGAAAUUAUCAGGCUGUUAUAUUCAAAUAGGUAUCUAAUCAAGUAGAAAUCUAAUAAAGUGACAAUGCUAAAAUUGUCUUGAAAGUGUUUAAAGGAAAAAGACUUGCACUUGUAAAGGGCCCGGGUAUGAGAAAAUGCCGCAGCAAUUAGGUAUGUAAAAAAUAUUAAAACAAUAGAAAUAUUGCCCUAAAGUUUUAAAAAGCAAUGGCCCUAAGCUGCAAAUGCAACAAAAGUUUGGGUGCCAACUGCUGCUUUAGAGUAUUCACAUGUGCAUGUGUGCACAUGCAGACACACACACAGUGGUCUAAGCUGACAGUGCUGAUUAGCCAUGGGAGCAGGAAGGGGCUAACUGGCUUGAGUCGAGGGGCAAAAUUACACUGACACCAGCUGAAUCUGUGCCAGGACUGUCACUACUUCUAACAGGAGAUGGGAAGACUGAAUGCUUGUCCCAAUUUUAAAAAAAAUCCUCCACACAGAAACAUGGUAGGGAAAAGCUCUCUUUUUUUUAUUUAAAAUAAUGUGGAAUUUCUGGUAUGGAGGAACAGUCAAUCAUACAAGCCUCACCUGCUGUAUUUGGUAAUAGUCAUAGGUUUAUAACCCUAGUGAGAAAAUAUAUAAUGGAGGCCCUUUUACCAGGUCUAGCCUGCACAUGUAACACAGCUUAGUCACCUUUAAGGUAUUGGAUGCAGGAUUUUCCUGCAGCAGCAGCUUCCUAUUGCCCUAGCACUGGAGCCAAUCCAUUCACAACAGCCUGUUUCUAUACAUUUCCUGGGACAGCAGUGUAAGUUUUUAACAUGCAUUUUGAACACCUUCUAAAUUAAUAUUAUGCAACUUCUGAAACUGAACAUUAAGGACUAUUUACAAUAAACUGUACUUACAUUCUUGUUCCAUUAAUUUCAAUAAGACAAUAUACGUUAGGGGGUGCCAGGGCCAUUUUAUGUACUUUAUUCUGUGUACUGAGUUCUGACUCUAUCGUGCCAUAUUCAAACUCUGACUGCUGUUCUAACAAAUUAAGAUGCUUGACUUGUUUUUUAAAGAAGCACUGAUGGUCCCCAUGGAAGUACAAUCUACAGCUUCAAACCCUUGAUUUGUUUCCUAAAAAACUACCUCAUCUAUGUAGCAGCAAUUUAUAUAUUAGAUCUCCCAGAGCUACAAUGUUAAUUGCAGUCAUACAAUCCAGAUACUUGGAUUAUUCCAGACUUUAAAGUUUCCUCAGCUUAUUGUAUGUUUUGUAUGCUAUGUGGAAAGUCUUCUGCGGCAUUAUAAAAUAAAUCAUGUU